GACAUCUGAGUUUUAGUACAAAAAACAUUGAGGGACGAAAGGUAAAUAUUGGGACGCAAUUCGCGGAUUCAGGACUUUUCUGAUCACUUGUGGUGCGCUCAAUCCUGGAAAAUGGUUGUACCCAGUGGAAAUUCCAUUAAGAAGGAGGAAGUGCUGAAGCUGAUGGAGAAGAAGACAAAAUUGGAGCAGAAAUUGUCAGACCUGAAUCAAAUUCUCGAGGCUAACAACGUGGGAAUGGAUGAGCGUCUGGUGGAUUCUGAUGGCUUCCCGAGGAGUGACAUCGAUGUCCACCAGGUGCGAACGGCGCGGCAUCAGAUCAUCUGCACGCGAAACGACCUGAAGGCGCUCAUGGGGCAAAUUGAGCAGGGUCUGGAGCAUUAUUUUGCCGAGCAGAGAUCCAAUGCCACUGCUGGCACGUCCUCAGGCGCAUCCACGACCACCAAACUGGCGAAUUACGUGGAGAACGGCGGGAUUUCCGUGGCUGUGGGACGAGACACUCCGUCUGCCCAGACGCCCAUAUGCAAAGUGAAUCUCGUGGCGACUGGAGGACCAGCGGAACAAGCUGGCUUCAGAGUUGGCGAUGAAGUGAUCGAAUUUGGCUCCUUGAAUGCCUCAAACUUCCGAGAGCUCACUCAGAUUGCGGACAUCGUGAAGAAUCAGCAGGAUUCUGUGAUAAAGGUGAAGAUCCGUCGUCAGAAUCGUCUCCUGCCGCUGGAUCUCAUCCCCCGAGUGUGGUCCGGACGCGGCCUGCUCGGCUGCAAUGUCAUCCCAGCGGAUUCAAUUGAACGCUAAAUGCU